AUGGCCAAUUUUCCCCCCAACAACGGCGGUAUUCCUACCGAGUCCGCUACCACCCCUAUUAACGGAUCUCUUGACAACUCCUUCCAGCAGGCUGCUUCCCUGCCGCAGGGCAGCGAGUCUUCGAAGACUCUCUGGAUGGGAGAACUUGAACCCUGGAUGGACGAGAAUUUCGUCAAGAACGUUUUCAGCACCGUCUCAGGCGAGGCUGUCAACGUGAAGGUUAUUCGCGACCGUGCGUCUGGAAAUGCCGGCUACUGCUUCGUCGAGUUUAACACUGCCGAUGCCGCUACCAAGGCCCUGACGCUGAACGGCUCGCCUGUCCCUAACUCUACUCGUGCUUUCAAGCUGAACUGGGCAUCUGGUGGUGGACUCGUUGACCGUCGUGACGACCGCAGUCCGGAGUUCAGCAUCUUCGUCGGAGAUCUGGGUCCGGAGGUGAAUGAGUUUGUGCUUGUCAGCCUCUUCCAGGCCCGUUUCCCGUCCUGCAAGUCGGCCAAGAUCAUGACCGAUGCUGUCACUGGCCAGUCGCGUGGCUACGGAUUUGUCCGUUUCUCCGACGAGACGGACCAGCAGCGUGCUUUGGUCGAAAUGCAGGGUGUCUACUGCGGCAACCGUCCCAUGCGCAUCUCUACGGCUACGCCUAAGACUCGUUCCCACCAGUACGGCCAGGGUCAGCACGGUCAGCACAUGCCUGCUCACGGUCCCGCUCAGGGCAACAUGGGUUGGGGUGGCAUGGGCAACGGUGGCAACGGCGGCUAUUACCAGCCUGGCUUCGGCCCCAUGGCCCCCCAGCCCAUGAACCAGUUCACGGACCCCAACAACACCACUGUCUUUGUCGGCGGCCUCUCGGGCUACGUGACGGAGGAUGAGCUCCGCUCUUUCUUCCAGGGCUUUGGCGAAAUCACCUACGUCAAGAUCCCCCCCGGAAAGGGCUGCGGCUUUGUCCAGUUCGUUCACCGUCAUGCCGCUGAGAUGGCUAUCAACCAGAUGCAGGGUUAUCCUAUCGGGAACUCCCGUGUCCGUUUGUCCUGGGGUCGUUCCCAGAACAACUCGGGCGUGGGCACCCCAUACCGGCCUGCUCCGCCUCCGCCGCACUACCCUGUCCACGGCGCCAUUCCCGGUGGCGUGAGUCCGUAUGGUCCGGGCCCAUUCGGCACCGGCCACCAGGGCCCCCCUGGCCCCCCGCCUACUGGCGUUUAA